UCCGUCAAAUGCGUAAUAUUUGCUCUAGCAGGAUCACGAGCCUUCUCGAAACUGUUUUCCUGCACGCUUUUUAAACGCAGCUCUGCUUUCGCAGUUUUCCUAUCGAUUUAAAUCUAACUCUAUCUAAUCCAAUUUGAAAGUUGACAAUGAGCCGGCAUCCUGACGUGAAGUGGGCUGAACGCGAGGACAAGGUGUUUCUUACUGUGGUGCUUCCAGAUGCUAAGAAUCCUAAGGUCAAUGUUGAUCCAAAUGGAACAUUCACGUUCUCUGCCUCCGGUGGGGCAGACAACAACCUUUAUGAGCUCAAACUUGAUCUUCUUGAUAAAAUUAAUGUAGAGGAGAGCAAAAUAAACAUUGGUCCGAGGAGUAUUUUCUGUGUUUUGGAGAAAGCUGAACAGAAAUGGUGGAAGAAGCUAUUACGUGGAGAUGAAAAGAUACAUUAUGUGAAAGUAGACUGGGAUAAAUGGGUGGAUGAAGAUGAUGUGGAUGGAGGACCUGGCAAUCUUGAUUUGGAUGGAAUGGAUUUCUCGAAAUUUGGCGACAUGGGUCUUGAUGAUGAUGCUGUAGGAGAUGACCUUGAGGAGAGUGACGAUGAUGAAGAGAUUAAGAAGACUGAAGAGAAGGUUGACGGUGCAGCUCCAGGCGAGCCCUGAGAGUCGGGGCAAAGUUUACGAGGUGCGCUUGGUUAGGAAACAUGUUUUUGGGUGAAGAAUAAUGGGAAGUGGGUGGUUAAUCUUUUGAGUCCAUCUAUAUGUGGUUGCAGAGCAAGUUAGAAUGUAGAAAAAGGUUGUAUGUGGAUUGUGGAGUCAGAUAAAUUCGAGUCGUAUGUUUGGAUUUGUAAAGCUUACUGGACUGACAUGGAGUUUAAUUGGAUGACAUAUUUGAAUGGUGAUCAAA